AUGGGCAAAAAGAAGAAUAAAAACAAAGUGAGCGGUGCUGUGAAAACUGCCGCUAAAACUGAGAAGAAAUUAGCAAAUAAACUGAAGAAGGAACUUGCGAACUUGGGGGAGGAAGAUAUAGCCAAAGUUGUUGCAGAGAUAGAACGUGAGGAAGCAAAACGUGCUGCAGCUACUGAAAAAUCUUUACCAGGACCACCCUCAGCCAGAGCAUAUGCUUCACUCACUCCACAUCCUAUUAAUAAUGAACUUAUUUUAUUUGGUGGUGAAUAUCAUAAUGGGCAAAAGACUGAGGUUUACAAUGAGCUGAUCUUUUAUAACCCUGUAAACAAUACAUGGAGGCAAGUGAAAGCGCCAGGGGCACCUCCCCCUAGGAGUGCUCAUCAAGCUGUUGCAACACCUGCAAACAAAGGUGAAUUGUGGGUGUUUGGUGGGGAGUUCACCAGUCCAACGGAGACACAGUUCUAUCACUACAAGGAUCUAUGGUGUUUCUCACUGGCUGAUAAGAAAUGGGAGAAGGUGAUAGCACCAAAUGGUCCAUCUCCCCGUUCUGGUCAUAGAAUGGUACUUCUUGGCCGCAAGUUGCUCGUUUUUGGGGGGUAUUGUGACGAUGGCCGUGAAUGUCGUUAUUUUGACGACUUGUAUGCAUUCUGUCUCGAUACCAGGAGUUGGGAGAAACUGUCACCGAGUGGUAGAGGUCCCAGCGCCAGGUCUGCUUGUAUAAUGGUCCCAACUGGUAAUGAAUCUUUGAUAGUGUACGGCGGGUUCUCUCGGGCGCGCGACGGUCGAACUGAACGCACACUUACGCACACGGACAUGUUCCGGCUGACGAGCAAGAGCGGCGCGUGGGCGUGGCGCUCGCUGUCCAGCGGUGGGCGCACAGCCCGAGCAGGACUCGCCGCUGCUGUCAACGUGCACGCGAAUAAGGCUUAUGUGUUUGGGGGAGUAAGCGAUGUUGAAGAAACAGAAGAAGAACUACGCGGAGAAAUGAGCGACGAACUGCAGCUGUUAGAUUUAGAAACAGGCCGAUGGCACAACGUAACCUUACGAGUCGAUCAGCAAGCCCCUGCACCAGCGCACGCUGAGGUGAAAAGUGAGGACUUACCAUCGGAACCGGUCACAGUGAUAUCGGACGACGUGUUCACGGUGCGGUUGGGGGGAGCGAGAGCGAGCGGCGCGAGCGAGACGGACGACGUAACGCGCGUCCGUCCCGCUCGCGCGGGUGGGCCGGGCGCGCGCAUGAGCGCCAUGUUGGCCGCGCACCGCUCCGUGCUCUACGUGUACGGCGGUGUGCUAGAGCGGGACGACAAGCAGUUCUACCUCGCCGACAUGUACAGCCUCGAUUUGCACAAAUUGAACGAUUGGAAAACUAUAGUCGAACAGCCCUCGUUGCCCGAUUGGCUCGGCUCCGAAUCUGAAGAGGAGUCGGGCUCUGACGACGAGUCGGACGACAGUGAGGAGUCGGACGACGAGUAA